AAUGAUUAAAGGAGCAGACAGGUGCGCUCUAUACCGUAACAAACUACUCUGUUGUUGGCUCAUUUUACUGUCGCUUAAACCUGAUCAUUUAGGCACGUGGAAAGGAGACUUUACACAGUUUUAAGUUGCGUUUUGUUGAUAUUUUAUAGCAGUGUAGUGCCUGGACCACAAAGGAGGACUCAGUUUAGUUGAGCUGAGGCAGGCCAGAGCCGCCUCGGCUGCUCUCUAACACUGGAUUAAGUUCCUGAAAGUGAUGAGAAGAAAGAAUUUGUACCAAAAUGGAUAGUAUUCUGGAUAAUCUCUCAACUGAAUUUGUUAGCAUCUGUGUUCGAGAUCCAAGGCUUCACAACGACGAGCUAUGGCACAAUCAUGUUGACUAUGAGAUCAGCCUGCAUACAAACAGCAUGUGUUUUCGUAAGAAGACUUCCUGUGUGAGGCGCCGUUACAGGGAGUUUGUUUGGCUGCGUCACUGUCUGGAGCAAAAUGCUCUGAUCAUACAACUGCCCAAAUUGCCUCCGUGGAACCCCUUUUUUAGUGCGAAGAAAAAGGAGCACGUUAACCAGAGGAUGAAAGGCCUGCAGGAGUUUUUAGAAGAUGUUCUUCAGAAUCCCUUGUUGUUAUCUGACAGCCGGCUCCAUCUGUUCCUCCAGUCGAACCUCUGCAUUGCAAAGAUGGAAAGAUGUGCUCUUGGCAAGACCAGGUACACGGUAGCUGAAGCCAUUCAGCGAUACAUCUGUGAUUGCAUCAGUAGUUUAGAGGACAAGACUUCCUGCGACUCAGACUGUGAAAGCUCUGCAUCAUCAGGCCUGGGGCAUAGUUUUGAUGCUACUCGAGAGAGCCAGGUUUCCUUCCUGCAUUCCCCGGAAACUGAAUUGUAACCAAGCUCUUUGAUCUCCUGAGCAUUUACACACCUUUCCUCUGGACACAAGCAUGGAUCUCUGUAUCAGUCUUCGUGUGAACGUCUCCAGAUGUCUUCCUGCUGUUAACUUCCAAAAACAAUUGUUGUUUUCAACACAUUUU